AUGGCGAUUCCAUGGUUGGAUAAAUUGCUGGAAACUAUAUUUUUCAAACCGUGUCCAGUUCAUGGAGAUUUUGGAGUACCAGGCGAAUGCAAUCUGUAUUGCAUUAGCUGCAUGGGAGAUCCAUUUUGUAUUCACUGUAAAGAACAGCACGAUGAACAUCGAGAUCAGGUUCUUCAGAUAAGGAAAUUUUUGCAUCAAGAGGUAGUAAGGGUCGAUGACAUUGAGGAGCACUUUGACAUUUCUUUGAUACAGGCAUACAAAAUAAAUGAUCAACCUACUGUUUUUCUGAAAAAGCAAGAGGAGACUAAAAGACAUGGAAGAGUUAAUUGUCAAAUGUGUAACCGAUACCUCUCUAACCAAGAUUCAAGGUUUUGCUCCAUCAGUUGCAAGUUAAUUUUGGUGGCGAUGAAGGGUCCAUUGGGUGUAGGAGAUGAGCCAGAUGAUUACAGUGAAGGUCGUCGAGUUGAUGAGACAAGCCACAUGAUACUACAAAAAGGAAUUUAA